ACGAGCUGACUGCAAAUUAGUGACUAUUGGUCAUCACCUUCAAAAGAGAAGCACAAGACUUAGUACUCAAGGCUUUCACAUCCACAAAACAGCACAGAGAUUAAGCCCUUUAUCUCCAUGACGGGGUACUCGGAGUUUUACUUCAAUGUGGACCAUGGCUACCUGGAGGGGCUGGUCCGAGGUUUUAAAGCUGGGAUCUUGACGAAUGCAGACUACAUCAACCUAGUGCAAUGUGAAACACUGGAAGACUUGAAGUUACAUCUACAGACCACAGACUAUGGCAACUUCUUGGCCAAUGAAACUGGCCCUCUCACUGUUUCCACCAUUGAUGACAAACUGAAAGCCAAAUUACUCACAGAAUUUCAAUACUUUAGAAACCACGCUUUUGAGCCACUUGCCACGUUUCUGAACUUUAUCACGUACAGCUAUAUGAUUGACAACGUGAUUCUGUUGAUAACUGGUACACUGCAUCAGCGACCCAUAGCUGAACUUGUUCCUAAGUGCCACCCUUUGGGCAGUUUUGAGCAAAUGGAAGCAGUCAGCAUUGCCCCAAACCCUGCAGAGCUAUUCAAUGCAAUUUUGGUUGACACACCAUUAGCUCCUUUCUUUCAAGACUGCUUGUCUGAAAAUGACUUGGAUGAAAUGAACAUUGAAAUAAUGCGAAACAAACUGUACAAGUCUUAUCUCGAGGCUUUUUAUAAGUUCUGUGAAAAACAAGGAGGCACCACAGCAGAAAUAAUGUGCCCUGUUCUUGAGUUUGAAGCAGACAGACGUGCUUUUAUCAUCACUAUUAAUUCAUUUGGCACGGAGCUGAGUAAAGAUGACAGAGAGAAACUAUAUCCAACUUGUGGAAAACUUUAUCCAGAAGGCUUACAUCUGCUGGCCAACGCAGAGGACUACGAGCAAGUGAAGUGUGUGGCAGAUUACUAUGCAGAAUACAAGGCUAUGUUUGAAGGGGUAGGAAGUGGUACUGGAGAAAAGACACUGGAAGAUGCAUUUUUUGAACAUGAGGUAAAAAUGAAUGUGCUUGCCUUCAAUAAUCAGUUCCAUUUUGGAGUGUUCUACGCUUAUGUCAAGCUGAAGGAACAAGAAAGCAGAAAUAUUGUCUGGAUUGCUGAGUGCAUUUCCCAGAGACAUAGAACCAAAAUUAACAACUACAUUCCUAUUUUCUAAUUCAGAGAAUCUAUAGUUCUAGAGUGCACAAACAGAAAUAAUUUGUGAAUAUUAAAGAAAAUUUUUUUUUUAAGUUUCUCAGAUUUUACAAAAUGUAUUAAUGGUCACCUUUAUACAUAGCACAAUGGAAGCAAAACAAAAACUAAGAUCAUAGAUACAAGUAUUUUCCCCCUUUCUCUGAUAAUAGAUUGAAUCUUAAUUUUAGCUGUUCCCCUCCCCCAUGUGCUCAUUUUAAUUUAGUUGGUCAAUAAAAAUUGCC